CGAGCCGGGUUGAUGCCGAGAAAAAGAGGAGCAACAUAUCAAUCGAUAGACUGAUGAGACCCGUGAAAGCCAUAUAUCCAGAGAUAUGGUUUAUUCGCUUGAAUUUUGGGUGAGCACCUAUUCCUGGAUAGAGCUGGAUCAGAGGGAUCGAGGCUAUCACCGGCUUCUUCCGCCCUUUGAGGCAGUAAAGUCGGCAACUGCCGACGCAAUCACCAGGGGAAUCAGAGAAUUCGGCACAGACCUUCUCUAGUCGUCAGCAGCGCUCUUUCUGACUCGCGUUGACUAAUUACUACCUCUGUUAUGACGUGAUGAUUGGCUCAUCGGAAUAUCCGAAUCGGACCUCCGACACUAGAGGGUCGCCUCGGUCUCUCGCGGUGCCGAGACCCGGUGGCAAUCCCAAUAAAGAUCGAAGGCUUGCGUUUUCUAGAACGCGAGGGGAAGUCGCUGCUAAACCGGUAUCCUCGCCCGAUCCUAAUCUGGUGCGAUGGGAGGAAAAUGACCCUGAAAAUCCACAAAACUUCUCGACGGCGUAUAAAUGCUGGAUCACCUUCCAAUUGGGGAUGUUGGCCCUAAGCGCCAGUUUGGGAUCAAGUAUCAUCUCCCCUGCGCAAACGGACCUCAUUGAAUACCUUGGGAUCAGUAAAGAGGUCAGCAUCCUGGCCACGUCGCUUUACAUUCUCGGAUUCGCAUUCGGUCCGCUGUGCUGGGCGCCGAUUUCAGAGAUCUGGGGCCGUCGCUGGUCGAUGCUCCCCGCGGUAUUUUGCAUGGGUCUAUUUAGCAUCGGCACUGCGACCAGCAAGACCACUGCUUCAGUGCUCAUCACGCGGUAUUUUGCCGGCCUGUUCGGGUCAGCCCCCGUCAGCAAUGUCUCCGCCGCCCUCGGAGAUAUCUUUCACAUGAAAGCGCGGGGGAUCGCCUCGACCUCGUACGCCAUCUGCGUCGUUGGCGGGCCCACGAUGGGACCCAUCAUCGGGGCGGCAUUGGUGUCGAACCAUUCUCUCGGUUGGCGCUGGACCGAAUACAUCGAAGCGAUUAUUGUGUUCUUCGUAUUCGCCGUCACGUUCUUCUGUUUGCCCGAGAUGUAUGGUCCCGUGCUCCUGCACAAGAAGGCCGUCCGCCUACGCAAAGAAACCGGCAAUGCGGACCUCUACCACCCCCACGAACAUCUGGAAAUCGACGCCCACAGUAUCGUGACGAAGCACUUAUCCCGACCCUUGGUCAUGCUCGUCACCGAGCCGAUGGUCACCGUGAUUGCGCUGUACGCCUCCUUCACCUACGCCAUUCUCUACCUCACCCUUGAAGUCUUCCCCAUCGUGUUCGACGAACUCCGCCAGUGGAAGCCCGUGGUCGCGACCCUCCCGUUCAUCGCCCUGUUCGUCGGCGUCCUCCUGUCGUCCGCCUUCAUCAUCCUCGUCGGCCAACCCUACUACAUCCGCAAGUUCGACGAAGGCGGCGGCAAGCCCGUGCCCGAGGGCCGCCUCAUGCCCAUGGCCGUCGGCGGGUUCUUGUUCGCGGCGGGCCUGUUCUGGUUUGGCUGGACUGCCGCGCCGAAGUAUCACUGGGCACUGCCCUGCGUGGCGGCGGGCAUGUUUGGCUGCGGGUUCUGCAUCAUCUUCGGCCAGUGCAUCAACUUCCUGGUCGACACGUACGGACCCUAUGCCGCGUCCGCUACGGCGUCCAACACGUUCCUGCGGAGUGUGCUGGCGGCAGCAUUCCCGCUGUUCUCGCAGCCCAUGUUCCACAACCUGGGCGUGGGCCCGGCCAUGUCGAUCCUGGGGGGUGUGGCGGCGGCGGCGAUCCCGGUGCCGUUCCUGUUUAUGGUGUACGGGAAGCGGUUGCGGGCCAUGUCGAGGUUUGCGCCAUUCAAGGGGUGAUUCGGUGGUUGUGGGUGGUCUUGUCAAGGGGACUGACGAGGGUUCUGCAUAAAAGGUGUUUUCGUGUUGUUUGAUGAUGCUUAGAUUACGGCAUUUACAUAUAUAUAAUAGACAGGCAUAUACGUAUAUAUACAGGCUUUUUGGACAGAAAUUAUCAUACA